ACCAAAAACUCAUACGACUACCGGAAGUCUCCCGCUGCGUUUGUCAGUCACGUGACUCCCUGCAGGUUGUCGCAGCUCUUGGUACCUUGUCGCCGUAAACCCUGCGCGGAGUUCAUUGACGACGACCCGUGAGAGCGGCUGAGAAAAUGUGGAAUGGACCAGGGCAAGGACCAAGGGGAAGACCUCCGUUUAGAGGUAAUCACCGCGAAGAAAUGUUUGGGAGAAGAGAUCAUCCAAUGCCUAAUUUUUGGGGUAGAGAUGGGAUGAAUAUGAGACCCAUGGGCCCAAUGGGUCCUCUGGAUCUACCACCACCGAUGGACAUGAGAAGAUUGGAAGGUCCACCACUGUGGGGACAUGACAUGGAUCCACGCGGUACGCGUGGCAGAGGUCUGGACAGAGAUCAUUUCAGAUCUGGCCCUGGUCCAAAUUUAAAUUUCCGAGGGCAGUUUGAUGGAAACCCCAGAGACAAUUUGAUGAAUUCACAGGGUAUCUCAGGAUUUGGUAGAGGAGGCAGAGAUCCUCCAACAUGGGGGCCAAACAACAGAUGUAUGGACAUGAGGGACAGGGACAUGUUUCGUGAUGUGCCUCGCUUCAAUAAUCCCAACACGGAUGGGAGAAGAGGGUUUCCCGUCGACAGAACAGAGAACAAGAAUGAUUUUCGCGGAAUGCGGCCUCCAAUGGGUAUUGACGGUGACAGUCGUUUUAACAUGGACAUGCCUCCCAAUGAACGGAGGAUGGGGGACAUAGAUAGAAGAGGAGGACCGCCUUUGAAUUCAAGAGGUGGAUUUGAGGCGGAUAUGGACUUCAGAGAUCGCCCUUGUCCACCGCCUGAAUUUCGAGACAGGGAUCGCUCUCCUUUAAGGUUUGGAAAUGAUGCCCCUCCAAUAGACAGGCCGAGCGCUGGCCCACCUGCCAAUGCUAGCGGGCCACAAAGAUCCGACUUCAAGCAUCCCGAAGACCAGCCCAGAAUUAAUAAGGGUCCAGAAUCAAGUGGUAGCCCCCUCAUGGACUAUAGGAGCGGUGAAGAGAUGACUCUUGCAGAGGAAUGGAAGAGCCGACAAAAGGAUAAACCUCCUCUUUCAGAUGAAGGUAUGGAAGGUGGUUCUCAGUCCACCCACCCAGCAGGUUUUAGGAGGGAUGCCACCAGUGGAGGUCCACCAGCAUUUGUUAACAAGGAUAGGCCGCCUAUUAAUUUUCCAGGCAAAGAUGUUUGCUUCCCUCGUGCCGAUCACUUUGUUGAAAUGGAUCGCCCUCCGUUUAGUCGAAACUCUACACAAGAAAGAACUCCACCCUCUGUCGCUCCGGGAAGAGGAAUUGAAAGUAAUCGCUGGCUCGCAAAAAGAAGCACGGAACAGAGUCAGGGUAACUCCACGAUUGGUGAAAAUUUCCAUAAGAACCAGUCAACUCGUGAGACUGUGGAGCCAAAUAAUAGUUUUACAGGACUUGAAGGUAUCACACACCGUGAAGGACAGACUCUGGGUAAGAUGGCAGAAAUGGAGCAUUUUCAAAGCAGAGACCAAGACUACAGAGACAUUGAUUACCGGACAGCUCCUGCAAACAUGUUUGAGUACAAGCAGGAGGAUCUGCAGGGGACACCACUGAUUGAGGAAUCCAAACCAGAGGAGCAUCCGCAAUUCACUGCAUCAGGUUCUAAGGAUCAAGAUUACAGAAGCUCGUCAGUGGAAGGCAAAGUUUCCACAACAGUAUCCAUAACUGGCAUUCCAAAGACUGCGACGAUGGAGCAGAUUCUAGGUGCCAUUACAGUGCCAGGUGGGGUGCCACAACCAGGGAUGAAGAUUAAAAACAUCCCAGGUUACAGCUCUGAUACGGCCUAUGUGGAGUUUUUAAACCUCGAGGAUGCAGUCCGCUUCAUGGAGUCCAACAAGGGUUCCCUCAAGGUUGGCACUAGAACAGUUUCCCUUAGCUACUCUCAUCCAGAUGACAGUCAAAGAAGUGUUAAUGAAUCCCAUCGCACCUUGACUCCACCCGUGGAGUCACAGUUGUCCAGACCCGAUCAGCCAUCAGAAGAAUUUGAGUCCGGCCAAAAUGGGUCGGCGUCUAAAGGCCCCACGAAGCCCCUGCCGUCUACCCAGUGGCAGCGCAACUCUGACCUGACCCCAGAGGCCUGGCAGCAGCAGGUUGACCAGCAGUUUCAGCAGCAGGAAAGUGAGACGCAAGCAGAGUCUUGGGGCAACCAAAACACCCUUCACCACAAUCCCCUUCAGUCCAAAGCAAUCUUUAAGGACAGUAAAACCAUGAUCAUAAAAAAUAUAAAGCCCACCACAACAGUAGAUGCCAUUCUCAAAGCUUUGGAUCCGUUUGCUUAUCUGGAUGAGAGAAAUGUUCGUCUGAUCAAGGCCAAGACCCCUGGAGCAAAGUGCUUCUGCUUUGUUGACAUGGAUUCCCACGAGGAAGUGACUCGCUUGGUGGACCUACUCCUCAACAAACCCAAUCCCCUUUAUAUUGAUGGAGUCAGAGUGUAUGCAGAAGUUGCCAAACCCCUAAAGCACCAGAAUUUACGAAGAGAGCUUGACAAACCAAACAGCUUGACCCCAGGCUAUCAGCCCGCAGGCAGUACAGUGGAGCAGCAGCAAUUCUACCCGCAACCUUUCGUGCAGCCCCCUCCUGGAAUGCAAGCCGGUUUGCCGACUGGUAGCAGUAAUCCGCCUCUGUCAGUAGAUGGCAACAUUAUCCAGGGAGUUGACUACGCCAGUCAAGCCGUGGAUCCGUCCUACCAGUCAACCGGAGCACAUGUGCCUGAUGAUACUGCAGCCACUGCCAAUGAGUCGUUUGAUGCGGAGACGCAAGAUACGUCCAGUUACUUGUACGACGCCACAUCGGGCUUCUACUAUGACCCUGAGACAACCCUGUACUAUGACCCUGCCUCAAGAUACUUCUACAACGCACAGAACCAAGAGUAUUUGUACUGGGACACGACAACAAAGGCAUACGUUCCGGUGCCCGGAGGCAAUCAGGGGCACCAGCCUGUGGUCAUGACGGCCGAAGACCAAGCCAUUCUCUCUAACCCGGCAGCUGACGCUCCUCUGGACAUGAAGAAACCCUCAGCGCCCCCAGUGGCCUCCACCAAACCGCCUGUUUCUGCUGACAACCAGGGAAAUCUGUCUCCUGAGAGGAAAGAUGAUGACGACUCGCCAAGAAGGGAUGACAGACCAAGAAGCCUUGCUGCUGUCAAGAUCAUGAAGGAUAUGGAGCGCUGGGCCAAGAUCCAGAACCGGCAAAAGGAGUGCGUGCGCUCCCCGUCACCUUUCCUGAGAAGUGGCAUGGACGAUGACAGGAAGCAAUCCAAGACGGCUGAUGCGGCCUUUGCAGUGUUUGAGAGGAAGAAUUCAGGCAGUGAGGAUCUCUUCAAGAAGCCUCUUGCUCCACUUAAAAAAGAGGAAAAGUCAAAGCGACUGAUGGGCUCUCUGGGGAUGCUGGCGUCAGACUACGCUGCCGGAAGCGACGAGGAGGUGGAGGAGGACAAGGAGGAGGUAUCACGUCAGAUCAGCAAAGCUCCGCCCAACGUACGAGAAGACAAACUGACGGACUGGAAGAAGAUGGCCUGCUUACUGUGCAGGAGACAGUUCCCCAACAAGGACGCGCUCAUCCGCCACCAGCAGCUGUCCGAUCUGCAUAAACAAAACAUGGAGAUCCACUUGAAGAUCAAGAGGUCUAAGAAAGAGCUGGAGGCACUUGAGAACCAGGAAAAAGAAAAACCAGUUAAGGGUGUGAAUGUCUCCCAAACAUUCCCUACACAGCUGACCACCAGGGAAGUUGUCAGGUCACCAGAACAAAAGCGGAGAAAACAUCAACAGCCGCAGCAGCAUCAUAACAGCUGGGCUGGAGGAUCUAGAGAGAUGAACAAAGUCAGUGAAAGACCCGGUUUGGGCUCAGAACCUCCACCUCCCAGACGCCAGAAGAAAGAGCACGUAGCUUGGGACCACGCCACCUACAAACAAGCAGUGCGGAAGGCCAUGUUUGCGCGCUUCAAGGAACUGGAGUGACUUUAUUCGAAAGCCGAUCACACAUUGUGAACCAAAACAUCACAAAGAUAGUGAUGGAUGGAUGUUGUGCCGGCGAUGUUUCUUAAACUUGUAAAUAUGAAAUCACCCACAGACUCACAGUUAAAGUUUGUUUUAAAGCUUGAACUUUUUUUUUGUAUUAUUUCCUUUCCUCGUUUUUCAUCUGUGGAUGUAGUAUUAUAUAUGCACUGUUUUCUACAUAAAAAAACACAAACAACUCAA